AGGUAAGCGGCAUCAACAGUUGCCUUUCCAGCUCAUGGAAUCCCGAUUCGGACUGCAUGUGCAUCUCCUCUGAUGCAAGACGUUCCAAGAUCUUCAGGCAACCGCUGAUGAUAGAAUAUGGUAAAAGACAGAUGGGAGCCUAUGUGUGUAGUGAUUAAAGAACUCGAGAAAGUGCAGCCCUGGGAAGCCAGAGUGAUCCUUUGGAAUUUUGAAGUUUGAUUGAAGGAGCUGGGUCUUUAUUCGUCGGCAUUGACCAGGCAUUGAAUGCCUGUUUGCUCAGAACAGGAGAAUUGAUCUUGGGUGAUGAGACUCUUCCUCUAAAGGUAAUUCCAAACGCCCCAACAGCUGGGAUAAUAACUCAAUCAGUCCCGUACGGGGCUGUCUGGGUCCCACGUCACCAAAUCUAGAGCAGAGAUCAUGGCACAAACAUUGCAGCUUUCUGGGAGAAGAGCAUUCCAGGCAAAGACAACAGUGAGUGCAAAGCCCCUGAGGUAGAAUGAGACAGGAAUAUCUGGGAAGCAGAAAGAACACAAGUGUAGCUGGAACAGGGUGAACAAGGGGACAGAAGCAGGACGUGAAAGAGCUGGGUCAUCGGAAGAUUUGGGAUUUGACCAAGAAGCAACAUGAUUUAAGUUUUGUCAUGACCAUUUUGGCUGGUAUGUUGAGGACAGAUUUGGCAGGGAAGGGGUUAAAGGCAGCCGUGGGAACACAGGAUUUCUCAACCUCAUUCAAUUGACAUGUGGGGGGGGGAUAAUUCUUUUUUGUGAAGGUCUGUCCUGUGCAUUGUAGGAUGUUUAGCAGCAUCCUUAGCCUCUAAAUGGAAGUGGCACCCUCUGCCCCGUUGUGACAUCCAAAAAUGUCUUAUUUUUGUCAAACGUCCCAAGGGGCAAAAAUGCCUCCAGUUCAGGCCCCAUGACUUAGGGGCCCUUACACUGAUCCGGGAGAGAGCAGAUGAUGACUUGAACCACUGUGAUGGGUGUGCUGGUGGUGAGCUGUAGGAUUCUGGAUACAUUUUGAAGACUGUGCUGACUGAUCAAAGGGGACUGUCAAGAAAAUGCCGUGCUCGUGGGCCUGUGUGACUGUCAGAAAACAGUUGUGUUUGCUGAGUUCGGAAAGCAUGUGGUAGAAGGAGCUUUGUGAGAGAUUAAAAUCCCAGUUUUGAACCUCGAAGGUGGAACAAAUUGAAGACUAAUGCACAGAAAGAAUCCAAAGGCUUCUUAACACCUCCACUGCUACCACCAUCUCACUUCUCACCACCCCCAAACCACUGACAUCCAGCGUCUGGAUUAUGAUGACAGCCUCCCGUCCCCCUUUUCCCUUCUCCGGCACCGUAUUCUGAACACUGCAACCAGAGUGGGCACGUGAAAACUGAAAUCACAUCAUGUUACUUUUAAGACAAACUCCAAACCAUAGAGUUGCCGGAACCCGCCUCCUCCUCCUCCUGUCCUUGAGCACGGCAAAUGCUGGCUUUCAAUCCCAAAAAGUUUCGCUUGGAAAGGAAAACCGGUUUGGGGAACUACCACGGGCUAUUAGAAGAGGCAGUGACUGGAAUGUGCCGGGCGGGCGCGAGAUCCGCGCCGAGGAUGCAGGGCCUGGGUCGGCACUGACCGCCUAAGGCGGCUCUUCUCAGCCCUCACUCCAGGGCGCUCAGGCCCCUUGGCUUCACCCGCCGAAGACUUCAUUUCCCAGAAUGCCAAGGGGCGGGGCCGGCCGGAAGGCUAGGUGCUCUCCGCAGGGCAUGAUGGGGGAGUUGGAGAUUUCCAUCAUGGCGGCUUCCAUUUCGGGCUACACCUUCAGCGCUGUGUGUUUCCACAGCGCCAACAGCAACGCCGACCACGAAGGAUUUUUGCUGGGAGAGGUGAGACAAGAGGAAACCUUCAGCAUCAGUGACUCCCAGAUCAGCAACACCGAAUUCCUGCAAGUGAUUGAGAUCCAUAACCAUCAGCCUUGUUCAAAGCUUUUUAGUUUUUAUGACUAUGCAAGCAAAGUUAAUGAAGAGAGUUUGGACAGGAUUCUUAAAGAUCGGAGAAAGAAGGUUAUAGGGUGGUACAGAUUCCGGCGGAACACACAGCAGCAGAUGUCAUACAGGGAGCAGGUCAUCCACAAGCAGCUCACCCGCAUCCUGGGGGUGCCCGACCUCGUCUUCCUUCUCUUCAGCUUCAUCUCCACCGCCAACAAUUCCACUCAUGCUUUAGAAUAUGUUCUCUUUAGACCAAAUCGAAGGUAUAAUCAAAGGAUAUCCCUUGCUAUUCCCAAUCUAGGCAAUACUAGCCAGCAAGAGUAUAAAGUGUCUUCAGUGCCAAAUACUUCUCAGAGUUAUGCCAAAGUUAUUAAAGAACAUGGUACUGACUUUUUUGACAAGGAUGGAGUAAUGAAAGACAUCAGGGCGAUUUAUCAGGUUUAUAAUGCACUUCAGGAGAAGGUGCAGGCAGUGUGUGCAGACGUAGAAAAGAGUGAGCGAGUUGUUGAAUCUUGUCAGGCAGAAGUGAACAAAUUAAGAAGACAAAUCAUUCAGAGGAAGAAUGAAAAAGAACAAGAAAGAAGACUGCAGCAGGCAAUGCUGAGCAGGCAGAUGCCAUCUGAAAGUCUGGACCCAGCGUUCAGCCCUCGGCUGCCCUAUCCUGGGUUUGCAGCUGAAGGUCGAAGUGCACUUGGAGACGCAGAAGCCUCUGAUCCUCCUCCCCCUUAUUCUGAUCUUCACCCAAAUAAUCAAGAAAGUACUUUGAGCCACGCUCGCAUGGAAACUAGUGUCUUUAUGCCUCGACCUCAAGCCGUGGGCUCCUCCAGUUAUGCCUCCACCAGUGCGGGACUGAAAUACCCUGGAAGCGGUGGGGCGGACCCUCCUCCGCCCCGAGGAGCAGCUGGAGACAGUGCCGAGGAGUCAGACGACAGUGAUUAUGAGAAUUUGCUUGACCCCACAGAGCCCUCUACUAGCGAAUACUCACAUUCGAGGGAUUCUCGGCCCGUGACACAUCCCGACGGGGGCUCCAGGAACACUCAGACCUCCCAGAUUUAACUAAACAAAAGGAACUCUCCACCUAGCGCUGUUUUCCUCCAUCGCUUGUUGAGAGAGUUUUCUUGCAGACUUACUCUGGGGGACAGCUGCUCUCUCAGGCCCCUGGUCUCCCCAAGACAGGAUUCCCUGGGCCCAGAACCUAUAGGAGCCUCACAUCUGCGGGCCUCACCUGCAGAUGCAGCGUGCAGGUUUCACGACAGAAUCAUUAAGAUAAUCAAAUUGUCCUCAUUCUGGUGCGAUUCAUGGAUGUACUGGUCAAUUUAGGCAAAGAUAAACUUAUCAACUAGCUUCUGUUCUUUAAAAUAAAUUGGAAUUUAGAGACUAAGCACAAUUAGUCUAUAAAUGUUCUAUAAAUCAAAAACUUACCUCUUGCACUAUCAUGCCUUGAAAUUUACUUUUUUUCAAAGGGAAACUAGUUUAGCAGCAGCCUUCAAAGAACCUUCUUUCUAUGAUGAGCCAAAUUCAUCUUUGCCAGAAAAGAAAUUUUGAUAAUUCCAAGAAGCCUGUUUGGAACAAAUCAGAUGUACCUUCUUUUGUCUGCAUGACUUUGUGAGAUCAAAAGAGAGGGCUUUGUUUCAACUUUUUUCUACUAGCCUGAUAUGUAUUGUCACUUAAAAUGGUUGCCUUUAAAAAAAAAAAAAAUGUAGAAAUACUAAUUACCAGUAAGUGAUCAUCCAAAUAAGUCUGUCAUGAAAUAAAUGACUUAUUUUUCUUGCGAGGAAUUACAGUGACUGCUCUGUUGCACUAGCCACAUUUAUGGUCUGUGUCGUGGAGUCUUAAAUGAAGGACACACAGCAGCGGACAACAGAAAGGAGUUAUGUUCCAGGGCCGAGUUUUAGGAGGAACAGAUUCCAGACCCAAUGGAUUUAGCGAAGUUCACACAUAAGGAAUAUAACUCGCUUAGAUCUUCUGACAAAUCCUAGUGUUAGUUUUCUGUGUGGAGGAAAGACACUUCCUAAACUGUUUGGGAAUCUUGGGAAUAAAGAUUCAUUUCCAGUCUGAAUAACCAUCCCUUUCUUUAAGAAGUGGCCAUUUGGAAGAUAGCUGCGAAUGUAUAGAGACUUUGUGUUGGGCUGCACUUACGUGUUUAUUCAAUUCCUGCUUGUUUUCUGGUCUUGCCCAGAAUACCUGAAACCACUAAAGACGAUCUGAGCAUGACAGGCUUCUGGUCUGGAAGUGGCCGGAGCACCCACCCUCCCUCACUGAUGAGAGGUCAGCCCACGAAGCUAAUGCUUUGGAUGAUAACUGCCUUUCCUUUGGACUAGUUCAGACCUGUAAGAAUGAGGAAGUUGUUGAAGAGGCUUAAGAUCCAGGUUCUGAAGAAAGUGGUUGGAUUUUGUAGGAAGGUCGUUUACUCUCGUGUGACUGGAAGUGAAGCGCUCAAGCUGCCGUCCUUCAGCUGUCUGCUCUGUGGGGUCUCUACCUUACCCUCCAGUCUUGUUGGCCUUAGACACUCUGCCAUGCAGUUGGAAAUGUUGCAGCCCCCGUAUCUGCACAUACGUUCCCAUGUUUAUCAGCUCCCUUCUAGCGGCUUCAGCACCAGUGUGAAUUUCCUUUUUUUUUUUUUUUUUUUCCAAGUGCCAUCGCCACCUCCUCUGUUCAGAUUUUGACAUUCAGGAAAAUAUUUUUAUUUUUAUGCCACACCAAAACCUACAAUGUAUAUCUGACAAAGCAGUUAAAUGUGACAAUAAAAACUUACUUAAUCAUGGUA